AUGACCCACUGGAUGAUGAAGAACAGCCCAUCUCAAAAACAAGGCAGGCCCUUUGUUGAAGGUCCAUGCAGAUGGAAUUUACUGGAAAGCAUUUUCCUCUUGGUGCUGAAGGAAGUCAUCCAUGGAAGGGAGUCACACUGUGAAAACUACUGGAAAAUUUCUCACAGGCAUGAUACACUGGGAAGUCAGCCUCUGGGGUUUUGGAGGAAGCUGCACAUGGAGAUAUGCUUUGUGUUUCUGACUGCCACAUGCUUCAGGAACCUGCCAAGGAAGACAUCAGAACCAGAAGAGAAGCCUCUUUCUCCUAUGGUGGCUGCCAUUGCUCCCUACUGA